GGUCCGAGGGCGCCCGGCGCGCACUGAUGGCUCACUCGACGGCAGCGGGGCCGCCGGGCGCCCUGGAGCAAGGCUGCCCCAUCCGCGUGGAGCACGACCGCCGGCGCCGCCAGUUCACCGUCCGGCUCAACGGGUGUCACGACAGGGCUGUCCUGCUCUAUGAGUACGUUGGCAAGCGGACCGUGGACCUACAGCACACGGAAGUCCCUGACGCCUACCGUGGGCGAGGCAUCGCCAAGCACCUCGCCAAGGCUGCGCUGGACUUUGUGGUGGAGGAGGACCUGAAGGCCCAUCUCACGUGCUGGUACAUCCAGAAGUAUGUCAAGGAGAACCCCCUGCCGCAGUACCUGGAGCGUGUGCAACCGUAACCCCGGCCCCCCAGGCGGGAGUGCUCUGUUCUGGACCUUUUCAUUCGGCCUUUGCCCGGCCAUCUGUGUGCUCUCAGGAAACCUCGGCCCUGCCGGGACCAGACUCAGUUAUUUUUGUAAGGACACCUCUCUGUGGCCCCAUCUCCAGACCCCUGGCAGCGUCCCUUUGUUUUUGAAGGAGGCCCAGGAUGGUGGGAAGAGGACAUUCUUCCUGCCUCCGUCCUCAUCCCCUCCUGGGCUGGUCCUCACAACCCCCAUGCCCUCCCUUCCCAAGAGAAGGGCUGGCAGAGGGUGCCGGUGGCUGGGGAGCUGGUUGCUGUGCAGAAGGGGGAGGCCGGGCAGCAGCAGCCCCAGCAGCACGUGCUCUGCAGAGACCAGCAGCUCCUCAGGAGGCUGCUCCAGCCUGCUCAUGCCUGUGAUGGGCAAGCAGGUGAGGACCUGGGGCCAGGAUAGUGCAUGAACAGGGACGUAUCUGCAGCAGUCUGGGGGUCCCACCUGCUGGUCCCUGCUCUGGGCUUUCCGGAGGGGCAAGGGGCAGAUCCUGUCAUCAGCAGGAAAGCUGAUUUGGGACCCCUGCUGCCACCUCCCUUCUGCAGAUGAGGAGAGUGUUCCCUGAGGCCAGAGGAGCAAUAAGAAAUCUUGUGUGCCAACUGCCAGGGGUGGUAGUGCCAAGCCUUGGCUGCCACCAGGGCAACACCUUCUCUUUCUUCUACUUUUCUGCCCUGGUGUGGGGGCGGGGCCAAGGGCAAGCGAUGGCCUGCCUGAGAGAGAGAAGGGGUGACUGAGCGCUGGCCUAGGCCCAACUGUGCACACUCACCUGAGGCACACGAUGCGCACACAUAUACACAUACAUAUGCACAUGCAUACACAUGCACACAUGUACACACGCACACGCAUACACAUGUACAUAUGCACAGGAUCUUAAGAGUGGUGAUGCCUCCGGCCACGGGGCCGAGGGCAGGGAGCAGGUGGAUGCUGCCCUCCCCUCAGUGCCCCAUUCCCUUCUUUUGUCUGUCAGCUCUGCAGGAAGCCAAGGCCUCCAGUCCCCACGCCCUGCUUCCCCUGCACUCCCCCCCAGUUGUCCCUCUUAUGCCAGGAGCCAAGCCCCAGGGCUACCAUCUGGGUGUAGCCAGAGUGGCUACAGGCCCUCUUGGCAGGGAUGCCCACUUGCUAGUCACUGACCUUUGCAGCCACAUGGGUGGGCUUCGUUAGGAUGUUUCAGAGCUGGGAGUGAGGGAGACAAACCAUUUUCAAAUACAUGCCCCGCCACACAAGAGGCAGUCACGUGUCUGCCGAGGGAUUCCCCUUGCUGCUGCCAGACAUCUGCCGGGGUCACUGUGGUGGGGCACGUCCUGGUGCCUGUGAGUCCAGGGUCCCACCCCGGAUCGGCCCCUGUGUGCAGCCUGGCCGACCACUGGAGCACACUUGGCCUUUCUGUGGGAUUCCUUUUGGGGGCAGCAGGCACCCCUCUGGUUCAGGGUCCUGACCUCCCAUCCCUCACUCUCCAUGACCAUCAGAUCCAUUCCUGCUCCCCUGUAGAACUGGAGGACCCUGGAGCCUGAGUCCCUUGUGUGCUGAGAUGUCGGUCUGUGGUUAGUCCCUGGGGGAUGCCCCCCACCAGGCCACAACUCGAUGGUGCAGCAGGGGUAGAACCAGGAGCCCCCCACCAUUCCACCCUCCUUAGUGCCAACGCAGGUUCCAUGGUGACUUCUCCCUCUGUCUGACCUCCCCUCCUCCCCACAACUUUGGUAGUGAGGCUCCCUCCUCUCCUUCCCUGCACUGCGCUCAGAGGGGCCACCACCCUGCACUGUGCACAGUGCCUUGCCACCCGCUGCAGGGACACUGUGGCCUGCUUGCCUAAGUGGGUCCCUGGAGAGCCCUGUGCCCUGUGACAGACUCUCCUGCUAGGCCUUCAGGAAUCCCUGGAGGGGGCUAAGGGUCAGGCCCUUCCCCUUCCCAUCACCCUCCUUGGAAGCCCCUACCUGAACCUAGCACCAAGAGGAGUGAGCAGAGAUGCCCGGCCUCCAGGAAGAAUUAGUUAGAAGAAGUGGGUUCAGUGCCUGUGUCCCCUCCAAGGUUGAGGGGUCCCAUUCCCGGCACCAUUUAGGGAAAGGAGGGCUGAAGCAGGAGUGGACCCACAGCCAGCCCAGGUCUGGGUCUUCUCCCUCCCUUGCUGUCACAGGCAGCUGGGCCUGGGCCCCCUUCUGGUCCUUCUCUGGGACCCCUCUCCAUGCACACAUCCUUCCCAGGAUCCAGGACAGAUUCUGCCAUGAAGAUGUCUCCCCUCAGAAGGUCAGUGAGCUCACGCUCAUCCCGCGUCCCCCCAAUGUGGCCUGCUGGGGGCAUCAACACUAGGAAGCCCACACGGCCUCUCCAGGGCAGCCCACAGAUCCGUAAGGGAGGCCCAGAGGGCAAGGGCAGGCACUGGGGAGCAGAGGAACCUGGGGGCGCCAGUGGGGAAUGGGUUCCAGCCUGAACCUUGGAUUCUUCACCGUGUUCUACCAGGAGAUGGUUCACCAUGCCCAACUGGGCACACACACGACACACUUAGUAUUUGAACUGGGAGCUGGGCUGGAGCAGCCUCCAGGCCCGGUUCAGGGGCUGCCUCCCCUGCUGGCAAGCCAUGUCUCCAGCAUAGCCUGUGUUGGCAUCAGUAGCUGUGUCUCCCCGGUCAGGGGCGCUGUGUCCAUGCAGACCCUGCCUUGGAGCCCCCAGCCCACCCUCAUUGGUGCUGACCCCAUUGUCCUCCAUCCCUGCAUCUUGUGUGUCCUGACCUCACCUGCAGAAGGCAGGUCCUGUGGGGUCAUGCCGAGUGUCUAGGGGCAGAGGGAUGCUGGUGGGGCAGAGGGUCCCAGGCCAAGCUCUCUGCUCUGCAGCCAUUCUCAGCCAUCCUCUCUCUUGCCAAACUGUGAUCUGUAGGUUUCUCUUUUUGCCUGGUCACCAUAGGUGGUCACUCAUGUGCCUUUCUGACUCAGGACCUGUUAUAGAUGAUACUGGGCCACGGCUGGUCUCUGGACCUGUUCCCUUUUAUUACUUUUUAGCUCAUGGACAUCCUAGAUGAAGUAUAUGUCAACAAGGUGUGGCCUUGUCUGCCCAGCUUGGCACUGCUGCUCCUGAGAGAGGGAGGGGCUGCCAUCCUCAUCCUCUCAUCAACCCUGAGAUUGGCCCCACUUUUACCGAGGGGGAAACCGAGGAACAGAGAGGUAAAAUAGCCCACCGGGGUGUAGGAAAGGAAGGGAGAAGGCGGGGUCAGAAGGUGUUUCCCAUUCUUCUGUCCCUGGGGUGUCAGUUCCAUGGUAGUUAAUCAUCAGCACAACCCGGAGUGGUAGAAAUAGACCUAUUUUCCAGAUAAGGAGAGCACAGCCCUAAGAGCAACAGGGCCUGGCUAAGGUCUCAGGGCAAGGAGGCAGUGGAGUCAGGACCCUGAUCCCCAAGGAGGAUGAUGUUGGUAUCCAUGCCCCAUCCGCAUCCCUUCCUUCCCAUCUGGCGGGCCCCCACACCAUGGUCUCCAGUGCCACCCAGUCUCCUGAGAGAAGGGUACAGUCGUGCUCCUAGGAGGCGGCUCCCCCUUCCCCUUCAUGGCUGCUUUGUGGGACUUAUAUUCCUGUCCACCCUCAAAAGUUCUUAAGUUGGGACUCCUGGCUCAGUGGCGUGAGGAGGGCUCUGGCUCGUGUUAGAAUGUGCUGGCAAAUGCGCCCAAAAUGUGCGCAGUGGCAGACCUCCAAACACACAGGGCAGGACUGAGUUAAGCACCAUGCUGGGGCCACUAAUCUGCUUGGGCUGCCCCAGGAGGGCAAUGACACCUGAGUUGAAAUUUUUCCCUCGUAGAGCUUCCACUCGGGAUUAAAAAAAAAAACCCGUUGCUGUUGAGUCUGUUCCAACUCACUGCAACCCUAUAGAACAGAGUAGAUCCGCCCCAUAGGGUUUCCAAGGAGCAGCUGGUGGAUUUGAACUGCUGACCUUUUAGUUAACAGCCAAGCUGUUAACCACUGUGCCACCAGGGCUUCUACUCAGGGGGUACAUGCCCAGACAAAUGGGGAAGAGAUGGGCAGUACAAUCGCAGGCCCCUUCACGAUCUUACCCAUCUUCCUCCCCACAGUAAUUCCAUGAGAUAACGUGGUUAGGCCUGUUUUACAGACCAGGAGACUGAGGCCAGAGAAUAGCCUGAGGUCUGUCAACUUAGAAGGAGGUAGAACCAGAAUUCAAACCCAGCCCAUAUCCUCUCUUUGUGUGAUGAUGUGAGGUUAUAUGUCCACUGUAGGUAACAGGUGGCCUUCGAGAGGAAUAAACAGAUAAAAAUCAACAACCUCCCUGCUCGUUUGGAAGACUGCAGUAGGGCUCCGUUUCAAGUUACACCGCCCAUAGAUAAUCAAGAGUGGCUGGCUUGCGUGGAGAAGAUUAAAAGCUGGGAUCAUAAGCAGGAAUAUUUACAGUGCACCCGACUCUCUAUACUCACACACUUCCCUCCCCAGUUCAUGAGUCUGAUUUUCAAGUCUGUCCAUAUGUCCCCUCUGCUAUUCUCAGGGUCCCAGUCCUUCCAAUCAGCGUCCUAACUUUCACAUAAGAGAUCCGGCGAGGCUGUGAAUUCAAUUUGUAGCUGCAACCUGCAGGGUCAAACCUAUGUUAUCAGUUUUAUCAAUCUUAUGGCUGCAAGAUAUUAAAAAGAUUCUUUUUCUGGCUCUCAAA